AGUAAGGAGCCACUAAGUGCUACUAAGUGCUACUGAAAUCUACUUGUGACUGUGACGUUGUUGUUUUUUUUUUCUUCUUUUUUUCUGCCACGAAAUGAACGUUGUUUAGCAGGUGGAUGUGACGUCACGGACUUGGAACAUCAAAACAACAACAUCCAAAUCCGCGAUUCUUCUUUUUUUCUAUCUCCUUCUCUCUCAGUCUUUCUCGCGGCGUUGUUUUUUUUUUUUUUUUUUUUUUUUAAAAAAGAAUAAUCUAAUAACAACAUAAUUACAGAAAUAAAGGAGAGCUCGCGCCUUUCUACCUCCACGCGAGACGACGGUGGACCGGGAGCGGGCAGCGAGUGUGAAACUCCACGUUUAGUGCUUUAUUUCGACGCCCUCGUGCAACAUGGAAAGGAAGUGAAGUCGGCCUGCUUUGAGAACAAUCUAAAAAGCCACUAGUGAAAGUUGGCUUACGUCAGAACUUGGUCCUGCCCUCGAGACUGUGAGCUGAAUUCUGAUUGGAGGAAUGGAGUGCCAGCCUGCACUGCUUCAGUGAUCAGGGCGUGCCUGUCCAGCCAGGAGACUCCGGCGGUGACAUCCUGCGGAGGCGCAGAUCAAAGGCGAGGAGGCUGUUUUACCACCGCUGGAAGUGAAGAUUGCUUUAAAUAAGCAAGUCCUUGUAGAAGGUUUUUAAGUCAUGAUGCAAGAAUCUGGGACGGAGGCGACGAGCAACGGACCAGCCAAUCAAAAUGGAGGAGCGAGCGUGGAGGGUGUUUCCAGGGAGGGGCGACCCAAAAGUGCCACGCCGUCGGUGGAGGUGACUGCAGCCGACUUCUUGCAUCUCCAACAGCACCAGGCUCUCCAAGUGGCCCGACAAAUACUUCUCCAGCAACAACAGCAGCAACAACCCCAGUCACAGCAACUGCAGUCUCAACAAAACGCCGGCCGCAAAUCCCCCAAAGCCAACGACAAGCAGCAAAACCUUCAGGUUCCAGUGUCAGUGGCUAUGAUGACACCUCAAGUGAUAACUCCACAGCAGAUGCAGCAGAUCCUUCAGCAGCAAGUCCUGAGCCCUCAGCAGCUCCAGGUCCUUCUCCAGCAGCAACAGGCCCUCAUGUUACAGCAGCAGCAACUCCAAGAGUUCUACAAGAAGCAGCAGGAACAGCUCCACCUCCAGCUCCUACAGCAGCAGCAGCAGCAGCAGCAGCAGCAGCAGCAGCAACAUGCAGGCAGCAAGCAGAGUAAAGAGCAACAGGUGUCAGCACAGCAGUUGGCCUUCCAGCAGCAGCUCCUGCAGGUCCAGCAGGUCCAGCAGCAGCACCUGCUCAACCUUCAGAGGCAAGGACUGCUCACCAUCCAGCCCGGACAGACCGGCCUGCCGCUGCACUCCCUCACUCAGGGCAUGAUUCCAGCAGAGCUGCAGCAGCUGUGGAAAGAGGUGACAAAUGCUCAUGUGAAGGAGGAGCACAACAAUGGCAGCAACAACGGCCACCGGGGCCUUGACCUGUCCUCGCCGGCACCGCCAAAGAACCCCCUCCUCAACCAGCACGCCUCCACCAACGGGCAGUACAUGAGUCACAAGAGAGAAGCAUCCACGCUAGAGGAGCCUUCCCACCACAGCCACCCUCUCUACGGCCACGGCGUUUGCAAGUGGCCCGGAUGCGAGGCGGUCUUCGACGAUUUCCAUUCAUUCCUCAAGCAUCUUAACAAUGAGCACGCCCUGGAUGACAGGAGCACGGCCCAGUGUCGGGUGCAAAUGCAGGUCGUACAACAGCUGGAGCUGCAGCUAGCAAAAGACAAAGAGCGUCUGCAAGCGAUGAUGACGCACCUCCAUGUCAAGUCCACGGAGCCCAAAGCCACCCCACAGCCGCUCAACCUAGUGUCCAACGUCACGUUGUCCAAGUCGGCCCCCGAGGCCUCUCCUCCUCUGAGUCUUCCCCAGACCCCCACCACGCCGACGACGCCCCUCACGCCCCUGUCCCAGACCCACUCCGUCAUCACGGCCAACAGCCUGCACAGCGUGGGCCCGAUGCGACGGCGCUACUCAGAAAAGUACAACAUGCCCAUUUCUCCGGAUCUCAGUCAGAACAAAGAGUUUUACAUGAAUGCAGAUGUUAGGCCGCCCUUCACGUACGCCUCACUAAUAAGACAGGCGAUCCUCGAAUCUCCAGAAAAGCAGCUAACACUAAACGAAAUCUACAACUGGUUCACACGAAUGUUUGCAUAUUUUAGGCGCAACGCAGCAACAUGGAAGAAUGCAGUCCGGCAUAAUCUUAGUCUUCACAAGUGUUUUGUGCGAGUAGAAAACGUAAAAGGGGCUGUGUGGACAGUCGACGAAAUAGAGUUCCAAAAGAGACGGCCUCAAAAGAUCAGUGGAAGUCCGGCCUUAGUGAAGAACAUUCAGACCAGCUUGGGCUAUGGUCCGACCCUCUCUGCUGCCUUCCAGGCUUCAAUGGCAGAAAACAACAUACCUCUAUACACUACUGCUUCCAUUGGAAGUCCCACCCUCAACUCCCUGGCCAACGCCAUCCGCGAGGAGAUGAAUGGAGCGAUGGACCAUGGAAACAGCAACGGCAGUGACAGCAGUCCGGGACGCUCGCCCCUGCCAGCUAUGCAUCACAUCAGCGUUAAGGAGGAACCACUGGACCCCGACGACCACGAAGGGCCCCUCUCCCUGGUAACGACCGCCAAUCACAGUCCGGACUUCGACCAUCACAGAGAUUACGACGACGACCAGGGCCACGACGACAUGCUGUAAGGCUAGCGCCGCACCCCCCCUCCCUCCUCCUCCUCCAGUCCCACCACCACCACCACCACCACCACCACCACCACCCUCCCCCCGGCCGCCCAGCCUCAGAGGCCGCCGCUGAGGCAGUCUGGGUCAUCUGGGCGACAGAAAACGCUCCCCAGAGGCCAAACACUGAACUGCAGUCUCAGCCGCUGAUGACUAAGAGUUAAACUUUUUUAGUGCCAUUAAAACAUAGCGAGAACCCACACGCACGAAAAAAAAAAAAAAACACACACGGAGGAGGAGGAGGAGGAGGAGGAGGAGACGACACGUGAGGACGCUCGCCUCCGAUUUCUUUCUACUUUUGAUUUAAGUAACGCUUCAGAAAACUAUUUCUACUCAUGUGUCAGACGGACUUGUUUGGUACCGACGUGGUCAGAGUUUGGGGAGACCCUCGCUGGGCAGCACCCAGCGGACUGAAAGAAGGGUUACCCCUCACACACACCCCCCCCCGCCUCCCCCACCCACCCACCCACCCCCUCCCUCCCCCCUUCCCUCCCUCUCUGAGACACAAACACCUGACCAUAAACUGAAGAGACUGACAUUUAAUUUACACCGUGUGUGUGCGCGCGUGAGGGAAGGUUCAUUGUCACUGCCUUCAACACUUCUUCUCAUUGGUUUGACUCCAUCGUGGGUGGGUGGAAGGAUGGGAGUUUGUUUUUAUUUUUAUUUUAUUUUUUGCGGGGAAGGGGGGAGGGGGGGGGCGGGGCGGGGGUUGUAUUUUUCUUGUUAUUGUUGUUGUUGUUCUCGAUGUUGGGGGGUGAAAGGUUCUAAAAUAUCAACAUAAUGUGUCUUCGCCAUCAUUCAAUGCUGUUGUAGAUGUUUUCAUCUUUCGUUUGAAUUGUUUCUUUGAACUGAUCAGACCUCAUGUCCAUGCUGUGGAGAUUCUGUGUGGUCGGCACUCGAUGAUGAAUGUUUAUGAUUUUAGUUCAUGUUGUUCCUUUAUACACACACACACACACAUAUGAAGCAGAAUGUCACAUACCAAGUAGUAUUUUUCUGUCAUUUAUUCCACGAUCUUCCCCCCCAAAAAAAUAAAAAAUGAAAGUAGCCCAUCCCUCACCCCCUCCUCCCUCCUCCCUCCUUCCUCCUCCUCCUCCUCUUCUCCUUCCUCCCCCUCCUCCUGCUCAUGAAGUCCAUUGGCAAUGCACUACUCAUAAUGAAGGCUCCCUCCACGCAUCAAUGAAGUUUAAUUUAAGAUGCGAAUGAAUGACAGAGAAAUCAUGCAGGUUAUGAUUUAUCCUUAUGAAAUUAUACUUUAAAACAGCCCCACACGGCAGAGCAUGCUGAGCUGCAACACAAUUUCUGAUCACUUACAAGCUCCAGCUUUUUUUUUUCUUUUUUUUUUUUUAAAAAAAAGGCAAAAUGAAAAUGUCAGGUGUGCACCGGCGAGAUAAUGAUUUAGACCAACUAAUUGUGAUUCCUUGAACACAACUGUCACCGUUAAUCAAACGUGUCUGCUUUUCCACGCUGUAAUUUCACUCCCAGAUAAACGCGCAUUCCCCGUAGUUUUAUUUGUAUCACGCGCAUGACUAGUUUUAAGUUUUGAGUGUUAAUAAUUGCACACCGGAGGAAAUGCUCAUUUUCUUUUCAUCGAGGGAACAAAUCCUGAGACCUGCAAUAAGACCUAAGCAUUGCACAUUCCAGCAUCUGACAGCCAUCGGAAGGAAGGGCCCCGAAACGAACCGUACGCGCCAUUUAGACAACGUGGAGUCGUCCACGUUCACCCAAAAAGCCAAGAGUUGUUGUAGUCUGCAACGUUGAACCGAGUGGAGUCCACACGUGGUUUUAUGAUGCAGCAAAAUGAAAUAAAUAAAAAAAAAAAAUCCAGUUAAAUUUAAGAGACCGUGGAUUUCAAGACUGCAAUCAACCACUUCUAAUUUAUUCUUAGUUUUAUUAUUAUUAUUUUAAGUUUUAUUUGGCUUUUUGUUUUUAUUUUUUAUGUGUUUGAAUAUCUUGUUCUGUGACUACCAAAGAUAAACUACAAGUCAAUGUUGUGUGUUCCAUGCAAUAGCAGAUAAGGCCAAAUAUUUCUCCUCCUCCAUCCUCUCCCACCGGUCGACCUGAGUGGCCGGCGGUGACGGAGCCGGUGGCGGCGGAUUCAAGGAACCGCUCCUCAAACUGGCCUUUUCGUUCAUUUUUAUAAAACAAAAAAUAAAAAAACCAAAGGGGGGGCUGGGGGCUGGGGGCUGGGGGCUCGGACAGGACAGCUGCAGUUAAGGUUGUGCAGUCUGGCCCAAAUGAUGACCAAAUUAGGGAAAAGGUUUAGUGUUCGGGCCACGCGAGGGGAAAGAAAAGGAGCUUUCUUUGGUCAGGAGCAGAUCUGUGUGCAACGUAAAGGGUAUGUAGAUAAAAAUCGAUGAGGAAAAAUAUACUGGUAAAUGGAAAAAAACACAAAAAAAAAAAGCUUUGCAGAGAACAAUGUGAAACGGAUUCUGUGCUUCAACUGGACCACACAAUGAUUCAGUGUUUGUCUUCUAUGAUUCCUUAUCUUCUUUGUAUCCUUUGAAAUGAUUGUAUGCCACUUUUUAGGGGGUUUAGUUUUUUUGUUAAGAUUGGCAAGACUUUAUGACUGUGUUUAGUUUCUGUCAACUUAUUACUUUUUAUAUUAAAAAACACUCCUGUCAACUAAUAAGCUGGGUACAAGGUACUUUAUGGCAGUUAUUGCUUUAUUUCUUUUCUUUCUUUCUUUUUUUUUUUUGUUUUUUUAUUAAGUUUGCCGCUCAUUAACUAAAAGGAAAAAAGGGCAAUCUGUGGUUUCCAGACGAUGUAUUUAAUAUCCAGGCAGCUGUGGGAUGGGUCAGUCACAGCCGGGCCAGGACCGUGAGAACGGGGGCCGAGCUCAUCCACAAACCCCCAGUCAUCUGGAUGGUUUGUUUGGGAUUCAGAAAGGAGGGAAAAAGCGCCGGUAGAUUAGAUCAUUCUCAGCAUGUGUAGCUUGACAUUACUAAAGAUAACAGCAUGAGAAGAAAAAAAAAAAACCGUUAGGACGCAUACCUCAGUUCAAACCUAUAGGGAAUGACUCAAUUAAAUGAGAAAAAAUAAACAUUUCACUCAGUUGCACUUAGUUGUGUGUCUUUGCAUGUUGUAGUCUGAUACUGUAGAGAGAAAAUUAUUAAGAAAAAGAAAGAAAUUGUUUAUCUAAAAGGUUUCAUCUUUUUUUUUUUUUUUUUUUUUAAAAAGCCAAACCAAUCCAAACCUCAGGCCUUUAUUUCAUGGAGAUCUCACCCAGCUGUGUGUGGCACCGUUCGCUCUCUGAUGUACUGAUGAUGGCUUCUUUUGUUUGUUUGAGGGCCGUUCUCAUAUUAGGUUGUACAUACGUGUCCGUAUAGCCUUUGUCUUUUUCCUGUUCUCUCCCCCCUUCCUCUCUCUCUUUUUCUUUCAUUUGUUUUUUUUUUUUUUUAAGAUCAAAAAAUACAUUUGUGUUAUGAUGUUUGCUUUUAUCGCUUUGUAUUACCUAUGACAUAGCUAUGAGAAAAAAAACUGCUGUAUGUAUCGGAAAAUAGCAAACUGUGCUGCAAAUGUAUUUUACUUAGUAAUCCUUGCUUUAAAGUAAAAAAAAAGAAAAAAUGACCAAAAAAAAAAAAGAUAAAUCACACCAUCCAUGCGGACAUCUUGGGUGAGUCGGGGCGGGGACGAGGGGAGGGGGGCUUUUAAUUUUUGGAUUUUAAACUGUAAUAUAGAAAAACAGACUUUUCUCUGGUGUCACUGACAUUUUGUACAGACUUUUUUCCCUCUUUGUGUUAAGCUGUUUUUUGAUACUUCCUUUUGAUGGUCCAACCACUGCCUUCUGUGGCUGUAUGUUAAAGAUUACCUGCUCUGAGAGGGGGAAAGGGAAAAGGGCAGCCAGGUAUAUAUUUCCUCUAUGAGACGGAGAUAUCUUGCAUGACUAAUCCCGAGGUCUCAGAGAUCGAGGGGAGGGAAGGGAAGGACGGGGGGAGGGAGGGGGAGGGUGGUUUAAGUGGUCAGUAAUAAUAUAAGGGUGUAUCAAUCUAAUGAUAUUUUAUAUGAAAUUAAUAGGAAAAAGAAGAAAAAUAUGCAGUGCCAAGAUGUAAAGAAUAUUGUUAAAUGCUGUCUUUUCUUUUCUUUUUUUUUCUCUCUCUCUAUUUUGGAGGAAUUCAUUUCACACGUCCUUCCUUCCUUCUCAUCCAUGUCAUGUUCACUUUUACCUGGCAUCAAGAUAUUUAUAUUUUUUAUCUCCAGCGGUCGUCGCACUAAUGAGUCAAACCAAGCACAGCAGGAGGGUCAAAGGUCAGAUGAAGAACUGCCCCCUCCCCCCCCCGCCACCCCCCUACCCCCACCCACCUCAACAUCCCCAAAAAUUAAAAAAAAUAAAAACACUCGAGCAAAGACGCCAUCGUUUCAUCCAUCACCAAACAUCCAGCCAGCCGCCCCCCCACCACCAACAACAACCAACCCCCUUCCUCCUGCUCUCACAUCACACUUUGUUUCUUUCCAGAUGGAGGUGGAGGGAGGAGGAGGUGGGGGCGGGGGUGGUGGAGGAGUUGGGGGAGGAGGAGGAGGAGGAGGAGGAGGAGGAGGGAGGUUGGAGCCCAGGAGCUGUCACGGUGCUCUCAUCCUGCAGCAGCUUUUUCUUUCUUCUUCUUCUUCUUCUUUUUUUUCCCCUUUUCUUUGAAGAUGUACUCUGUAGUUUUCAUUUUUCCUGUUUUUAUUUUUUUUUUAUUUUUCGGUUUUCAAGAGAAAUAUUAUUGCUCAUCACUUCCAUCAGUCUGUAACCUCCUCAUCAUUCCUCGUCUGUGUUGAUGCAGACCUCUCUGUUGUAGUCAGUGGCGAUGACUGACGUGAGCAUUCUAAACAUGCAAUAAAAUGCUGGUUGUUCAUA